GUGUGGGAACACUUGAUGGCAGCUUGGUGAUCAGGAAGGGUCAAUGCCAGCUGGUGACAGCCCACAGGCAGCUAUUGUGUGAUCUGCCCAGGAUGUACAGCUGGUUCUGUGUGUGCUUGGUGCUGUCCGCCUUGUGCCCCUUCGGCUUCUCCGGGCACUUUCUGGAAUGCUUCACCGCCUUGGUCCGCACGGAGUACACGGAGCCUCUGACCAACAGCACUGUGCACGGCUCCACCGAGAGUGGCCGCUAUGGGGACAGCUCCCCCAAGGAGAGCGUACAGGGUCUGGUGGGCUUCCCUCGGGAUCCCAGACAUCUGGAGGGCUGCCACCCCGACACACAUUACGUAGUGCCUGGCAUGAGCCCCCGGGCGAUGGACGAGGGAGAGCCCUGGAUAGCAUUGGUAGCCCGGGGAGGCUGCACCUUCAAGGACAAAGUGGUGAACGCUGCCCGCAGGAAGGCAUCGGCAGUGGUUAUCUACAAUGAUGCCAAGAGUGGCAAUGACACCGUACCCAUGGCCCACCUAGGAACUGGCAAUACAGUUGUAAUAAUGGUUGGGUAUCCUAAAGGCAUGGAUAUCAUGGAAGUCUUAAGAAGACAAAUCCCAGUGAAGAUGAUGAUUACUGUAGGCACUCGCCAUGUCCAGGAAUAUAUUAGUGGUCAGUCGGUAGUAUUUGUGGCUAUUGCCUUCAUCACCAUGAUGAUCAUUUCCUUGGCGUGGCUCAUUUUCUACUACAUACAGCGUUUUCUGUAUACAGGAGCUCAGUAUGGAAAUCAGGGCAACCGCAAAGAAACCAAAAAAGCAAUCAGCCAGCUUCAGCUUCACAAGGUGAAAAGAGGCGAAAAGGGAGUAGAUAUUGAGGCAGAAAACUGUGCAGUAUGUAUAGAAAACUACAAACCCAAAGAUGUUGUGCGCAUUCUUCCAUGCAAGCAUAUUUUCCAUCGGAUGUGUAUAGACCCGUGGCUGCUUGAACACAGAACAUGUCCAAUGUGUAAACUGGAUGUUAUUAAAGCACUCGGAUAUUGGGUGGAGCCUGAAGAACCGCUGGAAAUGCCUGUCCCUUAUUCCAUUGCUGGCAGCAGCCUUUCUGUGGGGACUUUAAGUUUUGCCCAUGAGGACAACCGAAGUGACAUGAACAACCUGACUACUUCUUCAACAGUGGACACUCUACAGCAGUGUAGUAGUAUCAAGGAGGACGCAGGGGAGACUACGGCGUUGCUUGAUGAUCUUGGCAGUGAGGAUACAGGGGAACAGAUACAGAAUUCUGGAAACUCUUCUUCUCACUAGCCUUCCUCACCUAGGACCUUUCAAGACUGUGCUAGAACUUGUUUCUAAUUUUACGGGUUUAAACAAGCCAUGAACUGACAAUUGGUUGAAUGAGAGGAGGAUGGCAGGCCUACAACCUUCUGAUACAUACCCCUUUUGUGUUCUUAAUAUUCAAACCCCCUUUUCCUAAAGAAAUGCAUAUGGCACUUGUUACAUGUUCUUUUAAGGUCAAAUGACACAUUAAUAUGCAGAUCAGGCUCUGAUC